AUGAAGCUGGCCAUCGCCUUAGUUGCCCUGAUUGGACUGACGGCCGCCAAUCCCAGGCCCCAGCUCCCAACGCCCGACACGCCCCCUCCGCCACUCUCCUCCCAAGAGCCGCAGCCGGUUCCUGAAUCUUCAACCACCUCCAGCACCUCGACUUCCACCUCCAAGGAUGCGCCACCUCCUGUGGCCACCAGGGAGCCUCCCGUGCCGGAGGGGUCCAUCUGCGAAUGCGGCUAUACCUAUUGCGCAUCUGUGCUGAUGGGCAUGAAAAAGCCGUGGUCUCAGAAACAGCUGGCCGAGUCAUACUGCAAGACCCCCCACGCCUCCUGCAACAACAACGUCCCCGCAACAAACACCUCGUCUGCGUUGUAUAUCUGUCUCUGCGACGAUGCCGAUCAAAAGGUCGGUACGCACCUGGAUCUUGUUUGCGGGUGCGACAAGUGCCUGAACAUUGGGCCCGACUUCCGGGGCCGAUGCGAGACUCCGUGCCACGGGGGGAACUGCCAGAUGGAGCUGUAA